AUGGAACAAAACAUCGACCUCACCAAGCUGUCUGACUCCGACAAGAAGGAGCUCAACCAGGUCCUUACCAACGAGGCCCAGAAGAGCAACAUCCAGCAGACCGUUCACCACCUGAACGAAGUGUGCUGGCAAAAGUGCAUCACCAGCAAGAUCUCCUCCGGCGCCCUUGAUAAGUCCGAGGAGGUAUGUGCACAGAACUGCGUUGAGCGGUGGAUGGACUCAAGCCUGGCCAUCCUGUCCAAGCUGGACAACAUGCGCCACUAA